AUUUCGCGCCAGUUCAUACCUUCCCGCCAUAAGCGGUUGACGCGUUGUUUUUUUAUGCGUGCUCUUUCACGCAAAAGUAUAACUUUAUUCUGAUUUCAAAUAUGCAAAUAAUGUGAUCAAAUUUAGAUAGUAUAAUAAAUUAACUGUGAUAUUGUGAAGAACUAUAAGUGUAUUUAUAAAAAUGUCGGAAGAAAAGAAAGAUACAACGCCGUUCGUCAAGAAUGGCAACACAGCGAUUAUUACGAAGACCGCAAUACCGGAGAAGCCUCAGAAGUCCAGUAAAGCUGGCAGGGGGAAGGCAUUCAAGCAAGUACUGGCUUCCUUUAUCGCCAACAUUGGUACUGUUAACACGGGUAUGGCGUUCGGCUUCUCCGCGACUGCGCUACCCCAGUUAAAAAGUCCUGAUUCCAGUAUUCAUAUAAAUGACAAUCAAGCCAGUUGGAUCGCCAGUUUAAGCGCGGCGGGCACACCUAUAGGAUGUAUCGUGAGCGGUUACCUGAUGGACUCCAUCGGGCGACGUCGCACCCUCAUCGUCACAGAGAUACCCCUCAUCCUCGGUUGGAUCCUCAUCGCCACCGCACAGAAUGUUCCUAUGAUUUAUGUUGGUAGAUUGCUGAUCGGUUUCGGGUCUGGUAUGGUCGGUGCGCCGGCGCGCGUCUACACCUGUGAGGUUUCUCAGCCACAUCUUCGUGGAAUGCUGGGUGCACUGGCGUCAGUGGGCGUGUCCACUGGCGUUCUUAUACAGUACGUGAUAGGAAGCGUGACAACAUGGAACAUUCUAGCAGGAGUGAGCGCUAUCAUCCCCAUCGUAUCCUUGCUAGGCAUGCUACUGAUUCCGGAGACCCCCAACUUCCUACUGCAACAGGACAAGCGGGAACGCGCUGAGAGCUCCUUAGCCAAAUUACGAGGGUCCACCUGCGAUCUGGAUGAGGAAAUACAACGUAUGAUAGCCUUCAAAGAGAAGAAUCACGUUGAACCAUUGAAGACGCCCAAAGAAGUUUUAAAAGCCUUAUUGUCACCAUCAGCUUUAAAGCCAUUUACGAUCUUAGCGGUUUAUUUCUUCAUCUAUCAAUGGUGUGGUGUUAAUACAAUCACAUUUUACGCUGUCGAAGUAUUUGAGGCAUCCGGAGCUUCCUUAGAUAAAUACUGGUUGACAAUUUCGAUGGGUAUCUUACGAGUCAUCUUUACAGUUGUUGGAUGUAUUUUGUGCAGAAAAUGUGGCAGACGAAUGCUUACUUUUGUCUCAGCCAUUGGAUGCGGUUCAACAAUGAUAGUGUUAUCGGUGUACAUGUACCACGUCCAGUACUGGAAGGACAACAACCUGCAGCCUGUGUACUCCUGGAUACCAGUCGCCAGUAUCUACGUGUUCAUGAUCUCCUGUACCCUGGGCUAUCUGAUCGUUCCCUGGGUUAUGAUAGGCGAAGUGUAUCCUACUCAGGUGCGUGGUAUAGUGGGCGGCAUGACGACGUGCGCCGCGCAUCUGUCAGUCUUCUCCGUGGUGAAGACCUUCCCCUUCCUUAAAGCUUCGCUCAAUGACUACGGCGCAUUUGGGCUCUAUGGCGCUAUGUCGUUAGGAGGUAUAAUAUUCUUCUACUUCUUCCUACCGGAGACGAAAGGGAGAACUCUACAGGAGAUAGAAGAUUACUUCUGUGGGAGAACGAAGACGUUGAAGAAGAACAGCACACAGACAGCACUACCUUGAAGUAAAGGAAAGAAGAAUUGUGAUAAGUAGAUACAUACUCAAAGUACAAUAUUGUUAUUACAUGAAUAGAAUGGCGAUGUAGAUAUUAUUAGGGUCGCUUUUUGCAUGUAGCUUAAUUAUAGAACAUUCUGUACAAUAUUUAGAUGUACUUUUCAAAUUAACAGUAAUAAUUUAAAAUGUAUACAUUUUUUUUUAUAAUAUAAGGUGGCAAACGAGCAAGCGGCCUGAAUCCACCGAA